AUGAACACUGAGAUUGGCUCAUUGUCCAUUCCACCGGCAUCCCUGUAUUCAUUUGAAGUGAUAUGCGCUACGCUUUGGGUUCUUGUUGUGAACGAAGUAAUUGUGCCAGCUACCGGAACAUGCUUUGCAAAUGGAGCAGAGCUCACAGAGUUGCAGAGGAUUGGGAUCGGUCGUUUCCUGAUGAUUUUUGCCAUGGCAAUUGCUGCACUUUUAGAAAUGAAGAGGCUAAAGAGUGUUCAAGAGGGGAAACCAUUAAGCAUUGUAUGGCAGCUUCCGCAGUACAUUGUCAUUGCUGGGGCUGAGUGCUUUGCUAUUAUUACUCAGCUGGAGUUCUUCCACGGUCAGGCGCCAAACUCCAUGAAGAGCAUGUUGACAGCAGCUGCAUUGCUCACCACUGCUCUUGGCAAUUACUUGAGCUCAGCUAUCAUUACCCUUGUUGCAGGGGUGACCACGGAUGUUAGAUGUUUGAACAUUUGGCAACGAAAUAAAGAGAAUAGUCGGAGAUGUUUAAAAACCCUUCCGAUUCCCCCCGCUCUCCUCCGGUCCAAACUGUGGCGCAGCCACCUCCUUCGCCGCCGCCUCCCAUAUCCGGCCACCGCCGGGUUCGCCGCCUCCCCUUCCCCGUUCCUGCGCCACCUAUCCACCACUCCCACCCCUACCCCAGUCACCUCCCUCGCCUCCUCCCUCGCCUCGGCGCUAGCCACGCUCUCCACGACCCCGCCGCCCGUCACCUCCCCGGACGCCUACUUCUUCCUCCACUUCUCCGACGUGCGCCCCACCAACGCGCUCCUCACCGAGGCACUCUCCCUCUCCCCACCCUCCACCUCUCGCGCCGCCGCUGACCUCUUCCGCUUCCUCGUCCGCCGCCGCUCGCUCCACCCUUCCGACUGCGCGCUCGCGGUCGUCGUCCACCACCUCGCCCGCCGCCGCGACUUCCCCGCCGUGCGCGCGCUCAUCCAGGAGUUCCCCUCCGCGCUCGGCCCCGCCACGCUCGACGCCUACCUGCUCCACCUCGCCAGCGCCGGUCGCCCCACGGACGCCGUCAAGGUGUUCGAUGAAUUGCCCGAGCAGCUCCGUACCCGCGAGGCGCUCACUUCGCUGGUCUCCUCGCUUUCCACUGAGGGCUUCCCCUCGCAUGCGGAGCGUGCUGUCAAGAAGGUCGCCAAUGAGAUCUUCCCUGAUGAUAAUAUCUGUACUUUGAUGGUAUCUGGUUAUGCCAAUGCUGGCAAGCUUGACCAUGCGCUAAGGUUGAUUGGUGAGACACACCGAGGUGGGUUUCAGCCAGGGUUAGAUGUGUACAAUGCGGUUCUUGAUUGUGUUUGCCGGCUUUGUCGCAAGAAGGACCCGCUGAGGAUGCCUGUGGAAGCGGAGAAGUUCUUGGUUGACAUGGAGGCCAGUGGUAUUCCUAGGGAUGCAGGGACAUUCCGGGUGCUGAUCACAAAUCUUUGUAAGAUUCGCAAGACGGAGGAUGCCAUGAAUCUUUUCCGGCGAAUGGGUGAGUGGGGAUGCUCGCCGGAUGCUGACACGUACUUGGUGCUCAUCAGGAGUUUGUAUCAAGCUGCCCGGAUUUCAGAAGGGGAUGAGAUGAUGACAUGGAUGCGAUCUGCAGGAUUUGGAGAUAAACUUGAUAGGAAGGCAUAUUAUGGGUUCAUCAAGGUUUUAUGUGGGAUUGAGAGGGUUGAGCAUGCUGUCAAGGUAUUCCGUAUGAUGAAAGGAUAUGGGCAUGCUCCUGGAGUAAAGUCUUAUAGCUUGCUGAUCAAGAAGCUGGCUAGGCACAAUUUAGGAGAUCGUGCAAAUGCAUUGUUCAGGGAGGCAGUUGCACGUGGUGUAACUGUAAUGCCGGGAGUGUACAAGAUUGACAAGAGGUAUGUGAAAGCGAAGAAGGAGAAGAAGGUGAAGAAGAGACUGACUUUGCCAGAGAAGAUGAGAUUGAAGAGCAAGAGGUUAUACAAGCUCAGAAUGAGCUUUGUCAAGAAGCCCAAGCGGCGAAUGCUCCGGGCUUAAGCAGACUUUUGGUUCGGUUGGAACGGAUGAUCAUGGCAAGGGAAACAUCAUCAAGAGCCUAUUUAUAAUUGUGGUGGUCGUUAUGAGUGGCUAUCCAACAAUUAUAUUUUUCCUAGCUGAGAGGCUUCGUAUGGUUUUAUUUUUUGGUUCAUGGACUGGUGACUCUGGUGAUGUUUAGUGCAACAUCUCGCAUUGCAUUAGCAUAAAUAAUGUACCAUUUCACAUCUUUUAAUUUACCGCGUUGUUGAGAGGAAGCUUAUGUACACCCUAGUUUUGUUUUCGUAGAAAGCACUGGAACUCUGCUACUGUCCAAAACUAACUGGUCUACCUCUUGCUAAAGAAUGUUAUCUGUUUCUCUUAAUUCUUUUCAUGAAAAUGUUUUUUCCAAUAUGCUUGAGUGCAUGAACUUCAAUACGAUCAACAGUGAUUUCCAUUCACUGAAAUUAAUAUUGUUUUACAUAUCUGCUUGGUUGCUAUGAGUCACGUCAGAAUUUAGGUCGGCAAUUGGAGGUUGCCGGGAUGAGCAGAAACAGCUGAAGGAUCACGGUGCACACAUGCAGACAUGUGCCUUUCUCUGAUUUCUAUCAGGCUGGUAAGGGCUCUUUUUCUAUGUGACUUUAUACACUUGGUUUGUGUGCACUUGUUCCACUUUUUGUGAGUUCUCAUCUCAUGGACCAAUCUUGGAUCAAGCUGAUAUCAUCCACACCAUCUCACCUGGAGAUAAUAAAAACUAUGGGGUUCUGGGCCCCUUGGCCCCUUGGCUCUGUUGCCAUAGUUUGAUGCACCCAACCAGUGCUUCAAUGAGUGGCAACCGAAAAAGAUGUGUGCACAGGACAAGCAAGUCAAAAAAAGGUUUUGAUCUGAAAUGGCAGCUUCCAAUUUAAGUUUUGCUUCACGUUAUCGAGUCCAGAACACUGUUGUUAUGCACCAGACUACCACAA